AUGGACGGCUCCCGCAGAACGUCAGUCUCCGAUCUCCGCUGCGGCGAUAAUAGUCCUCCCAUCAGUGACGACACUUUGGUGGCUAGUGACAAUGGCAAUACCGACAGCCCCCCCAAGAAUGGGAAUAUGGUGCACGAGAAACCAAUUGAUCCGAUGGCUAGCCGGAUAGAUGGCGGAGUUGAGUACAAAAGCAUGGUGUGGUGGCAAGCGGGAAUGGUCAUGGUCGCCGAAACCAUCUCUCUUGGAAUCCUUUCACUGCCGGCCGCCAUGGCUACACUAGGCAUCGUACCCGGUCUUAUUCUGCUUGUCUGCCUCGGAGCUAUGGCUUCAUAUACCGGUUUUGUCAUCGGACAGUUUAAGAGACAAUACCCUCACAUUCACUCCAUGGCCUGCGCUGGUGGAGUGCUAUUUGGCAAAUGGGGGAACCGGAUUCUUGGCUGGGGUCAAUUUUUGUUCUACGUCUUUAUCAUGGGCAGUCACAUCUUGACCUUCUCCAUUAUGAUGAACGCCAUCAGCGACCACGCAGCCUGCACUGUUAUCUGGAUGGUCAUUGGCACCCUUAUGAGCCUCGUCUUUACCCUGCCACGGACAUUGAAACACCUUUCAUACUACUCGGUCGCCAGCUUCUUGAGUAUCAUCGGCGCCGUCAUGAUCACUAUGAUCGGUGUCUCGAUCACGAAGCCGGGCGGCGGACCCGAUGGAGUCCUCCACGUCCGACUCUGGCCGAAACCAGAUCUCAGCUUCAAGGACGGAUUCAACGCAGUGUCCAACAUGAUCUUCGCGUAUGCGGGUCAUGUGGCCUUUUUCACCUUCAUAUCCGAGCUGAGAAAUCCACGAGAUUUCCCCAAGGCCCUUGCGUUCCUGCAAUGCAGUGACAUUUCCAUGUAUAUCAUCACGGCUGUGGUGGUGUAUUAUUACGCCGGGGACAAUGUUGCGAGCCCUGCGUUGGACAGUGCUAGCACAGUCGUCAAGAAGAUUGCAUAUGGAGUCGCAAUUCCGACCAUUGUCAUUGCCGGUGUUGUCAACGGGCAUGUGGGGGCCAAGUUCCUUUACGUACGGCUGCUGCACGACCGAGAGGACGAUCUGAUGCACCAGAAGACUUGGAAAUCAUAUGGCGUGUGGUUUGCUAUCGUUAGCAUUUCAUGGCUUGGAGCUUGGGUCAUUGCUGAAGCUGUGCCGGUCUUCAACCACUUAUUGGGCUUGACUUCUGCCUUGUUCGCAUCUUGGUUCACUUUCGGAUUGUCGGGAAUGUUCUGGAUGCACAUGAAUUUGAAUGGAAAGUGGACUUAUGGCAAGGCUUUUCUCUUCGUUCUCAAUUGUGUGAAUAUCGUGGUUGCCGCUAUUUUAUUUGGUGUCGGGACGUACGCCAGCAUCUCGGCCAUGGUUGAAACUGGAGCAACCAACAUGCCAUUUUCGUGUGUCAACAAUGCUGGUGGGCAUUGA